GCGGCGGCGGCGGCGCGGCCCUUCGGCUGCCCGGUGCCCGGCUGCGCCUGGUCCUUCGCCACGGCCUACAAGCUGCGGCGCCACCUGCACUCGCACGACAAGCUGCGGCCGUUCGCGUGCGCCGCGCCGGGCUGCGCCAAGCGCUUCACCACCGUCUACAACCUGCGCGCCCACAGCCGCGCGCACGAGCAGGAGGCGGCGCACAAGUGCGAGGCGUGCGGGCAGCGCUUCCCCAGCGCCGCCCGCCUCGCCGCCCACCGCCGCCGCAGCCACCUGGAGCCCGAGCGGCCCUUCCGCUGCGACUACCCCGGCUGUGAGAGGACGUUCAUCACGGUGAGCGCCCUCUUCUCGCACAACCGAGCCCACUUCAGGGAGCAGGAGCAGUUCUCCUGCUCCUUCCCCGGCUGCAACAAGCAGUACGACAAGGCCUGCCGCCUCAAGAUCCACAUGAGGAGCCACACAGGUGAAAGGCCUUUUAUCUGCGACUUCGAAGGCUGUGGCUGGUCUUUCACCAGUAUGUCCAAGCUGCUGAGACAUAAAAGGAAACACGAAGAUGACAGGAGGUUUACGUGUCCAGUAGAAGGCUGCGGGAAGUCCUUCACAAGAGCAGAACACUUGAAAGGCCACAGUAUAACUCACCUUGGUACAAAACCAUUUGAGUGUCCAGUAGAAGGCUGUUGUGCAAAAUUCUCAGCACGAAGUAGUCUGUAUAUUCACUCCAAAAAGCAUCUUCAAGAUGUGGACUCAUUAAAGACUCGCUGCCCUGUGUCCAGCUGUAAUAAAUUGUUUACUUCCAAACACAGCAUGAAAACACAUAUGGUAAAACAGCACAACUUCAGCCCAGAUCUCUUAACUCAGCUUGAAGCAACCAGCUCCCUCACACCAAGCAGUGAACUCACCAGUCCAGCCCAAAGUGAUCUCAGCAACAUAGACCUUGUAUCCCUGUUCUCCAACGUGUCCAGCAACAAUUCUGGGAUUGCGCCGGACAUGGCGCUCGUGAACUCUGGCAUUGUCACGAUAGACGUCGCUUCUGUGGGCUCGACGCUCGGAGGAAACCUGCCCGUGAGCAACAGCUCUUUAAGCCAGGCGGUCGAUCCCUUGAUCUUGGUGGCCAGCAGCGAUAUGCAGCAGAGCCUGGACAGUUCUCUCCUGCUGGGAACCGGCGCAACGGUUCUGCAGCAAAGCACUUUAAAUCUGGAUGAUGUGCAGACCGUCAACGCAGAGGCCUUGGGCUCGCUGGCGUCCCUGUCGGUGAGGAAUCCCAGCCAAGACGUGCACGGUUUGACGUCCAGCAAUAAUUUAACGAUUGACACGGCCACUUUGACUCCUUCUAGUAGCCUCGGUGGUGCCAAUGUGCCUGAGUUACUGACGCCGACUAAAGCUGAACGCAAUUUGCUCCCCAGCUCGGACGUUGUUGGUCAACAAGAGGGCAGCAAAGUAGUGACUCAGUUUGUUUUCUCCAACCCUCCAGGAAGCUACAGUGCUCAGAAAGAAAUGGAUCUCAGCACAGUAACUGGCAGCUCAUUUUUGGAAAGCGGUGGUUCUGCGAGAACAGACUACAGAGCCAUUCAGUUAGCCAAGAAACGGAAACAAAAAGGGAAUGGGAGCAGCACAGGGGCAUCUGGCUCCGGUCAGAGGAAAAGCAAGGGUGGUAAAGUGAGUCCUACCAACCUUUCGUCAUCCCUUCCUGGUAGCCGGUUGGGUGGCAACGUUGUUCUACCAAACGGAGGGCUGACAAUAAGGGACCCUGCCACUGGAGCACAGUAUGUGCAAAUUCAGCUCCUUCAGGAUGAUCCCCCAGGAGAGGGAGAUUUGCCCUUUCAACUGAGCUCUCAGUCCUCCUCAUCACAUUCUCAGCUUACAGUGGAUUUGCCUGUUCACAUACUUCAGGAGCCACACAAUUCCACCGAAGAUGAUGCAGGUUCUGAUAACUCCCAGUUCACUGGAAGCACAAUAAACUUACAGGACCUGGAAUGACCGUUACUAAGAACAGUUACUUGAACACGAAUUGGGCAAUCAUGUUUCGACAGAGUGACAUAACCAUGUGGGUCUUUUUCCAAGGAAACUAUGAAAACUAGGAGUACUGGAUUAUGGUUGCACUCUUUUCAGUUUGCUAAGGGCAGUUACACCUGAAAGGUCUUUUUCUUAAAACGUGUAAAUUCUACUUGAUGUGCCUGUGUAAGAUACUCUGUCUGCCUGGUGGUCAGAGAGACUGAGGCAGGCUGCUGUACAGUGUUGUUUCAGGGAGAAGUACUGUAUUAAACUUCAAACUGAGGUAAUAUUUACUGUUUCCACAGGAAAGCAAGUAUUCUACAGCUAACAUGCAAAUUUAUAAUUCUGACUCUAAUAGUUUAAACUUUCCUUCUGUUGGUCUCCUAUUGGGGCCAGUAGCAUUGAGGAUUU